CACCUAGGUCGUGCGCGUCUUGGGCCGACCUUUUUUCCUCCUCCCUUUCUCUAUUUCCCGAUCCCCUUUCCCUUUCUCUCUCUGGUUGUGUUCAUCGCGGCUCCUCUCUCUCUCUCUCGCCUUCGAUCUCCUCUUGGUUGUUCGCCGCCACCAUUGAUCUCUUCUCUUGGUCUUGGUCUCUCGUUGCUGCCGACCUCACCUGUUGCCUGUUGGUCGUUCUCUCUCGUCGCCGAUCGCGUCUUGCUGCGGUAUGCAUCCAACUAUCCAUCUUCCUCCGCCAACGCAAGCUUGCCUUUCUGCAGCAACUCAGCAGCAAGCAGCAACGCAAAGCUGCUCGUUGCUCGCUUGCGUAUUGCUUGCUUGCUACUCGUUGGAGCAGCAAGCAAGCAAUACGCAAGCUUGCUGCUUCAAGCAGCAGCUGUUGAUUUCAUUAAAUGAGUUUUAAUUAAAUUUCAAUGUAUAUUAUUCAAUACUCAGGAAAAAACAGGAAGUGAAAUGAAUGAUUCGGAUAGGACUGGAAGUACGGGAGCAUCGUCCGAGGCCUCCUCAAUUCUUAAAAGGAAGUCAAAUGAUGUUGGAUGGGAGCAUGGAAUGUUAAUUGAUCCAAAGAAUAUGGAUAAAAUUAAAUGUAAGUUGUGUGGUAAAAUUAUGUCUGGAGGUGUUUACAGAGUAAAAGAACACAUUGGCCACAUUUCUGGAAAUGUUUCUGCAUGUCCAAAAUCUUCUCCAACUGAUCAAGCCAAAUGUAAGAAUGCUAUUGCCGAGGCAAAGAAUAAGAGGAAAAAUAAGAAAAAGGAGGAAGAUUUGAUGAGAUCAACUGUUAAUAUCUCUGAAAGAGUGGAAGGGGAUGAUGAAGAUGAAUUGCAAGAGUUAGGUAGCAGAAAAACGUCCCGUACUCUUGGCCCUAUGGAUAAGUUUGCAAGCUCCAUCAGCCCUGAAACUUGUUUGAGUGCGAGAAUGACCCAAAGGCAACAAACUAUUAGUGAAGCACUAUUUAAAGAGAGAACACAGUCUGUUCGCGAAUAUUGUGCUAGAUGGGUGUAUGAAGCUAGUAUACCUUUCAAUGCAAUUGACAAUGAUAGCUUCAAAUUGUUUGUUGAGGCGGUUGGUCAAUUUGGGUCGGGCUUCAAACCUCCCAGUCAAUACCAAUUGAAGGAACCGCUAUUAAAGGGGGAAGUUGACAGAAUAAAAGAGUUAUUGAAGAAGCAUGAAGAAGAGUGGGCACGAACUGGGUGCUCCAUUAUGACAGAUGCUUGGACAGAUAGAAAAAGGAAGAGCAUCAUGAACCUAUGUGUUAAUUCUAAUGCAGGUACUGCUUUCCUUUCUUCUAGAGAGUCUUCAGAUGAAGCACAUACAAGUGAACUUAUCUUUGAGUAUGUGGAUAAAUGCAUUGAGCAAGUUGGGCCACAAAACGUCAUCCAAGUAAUAACCGACAAUGCUGCCAAUAAUAUGGGAGCGGCAAAAUUAUUGAAGGUGAAGAGGCCAAAUAUCUUUUGGACCUCAUGUGCUACUCACACCAUCAAUUUGAUGCUUGAAAGUAUUGGAAAACUGCGGAAGUAUAAGAAAGUCAUUGAUCAGGCCAAGAGUUUCACAAUCUUCAUUUAUGCACACCAUAAGACCUUGUCCUUAAUGAGGUCAUUUACGAAGAAGAGGGAUAUAGUGAGACCAGGAGUCACUAGAUUCGCUUCUGCUUUCUUGACUUUACAGAGUUGAUGGAGAAAAAGGCCCAACUAAGGGCAAUGUUUACCAGCUCUGAAUGGGAGGAGUGCAAAUGGUCAAAGAUUGUUAAAGGGAAAGCAGCCUAUGCUACUAUGAUGAGCAUUGCUUUUUGGAAUGGUGUGACUAUAUGCCUUAAAGUUUUUGCACCUUUGGUGAAGGUGCUUCGAAUUGUUGAUGCGGAUAGAAAGCCUUCUAUGGGCUUUUUAUGUGGAGAGAUUAAGCAAGCAAAGGAAGAUAUUAAAGAGGCCUUAAAUAAUCUUGAAAAGAACUAUAAGCCUAUUAUGGAGAUUAUUGAAGCAAGGGUAAAAGAUAGGCUAGAUAGUCCACUACAUUUUGCAGCUUAUCUUUUGAAUCCCUACUACUUUUUCAAGGAUAUGGAUAUACAACUUGAUAAUGAAGUGAUGGAUGGGCUUUUUAACUGUGUGGAGAUGUUUUAUCAUUAUGAUGGUGAAUUGCAAGGCCAUGUUAUAAAUGUUGAGUUGCCAAAGUAUACUCGUAAAGAUGGAGCUUUUGAAAAAUCGUGGGCAACUCAAGGGUGUGCGAAAAAUGAUGACAAUUAUAAUCCAGUUACAUGGUGGAUGACUUAUGGAAAUCAAACUCCAAACUUGCAACGAAUGGCAAGAAAGAUUCUCUCGUUAACCACUAGUUCAUCCGGUUGUGAAAGAAAUUGAAGCACUUUUGAAGGGGUUAGUGUAUAUAUGAAUUAUAUUUAUUUACUAUCAAUUAGUUAUCCUUAUUCAAUUAUCAUUUAUAUUGAUAUUGCUUUUAUUUUAUUUAUGUAGAUACAUACGAAGAAAAGAAAUAGACUAGACGUGAAUCGAUUGAACAAUCUAGUAUGUGUUCAAUUUAAUGCGAAAUUGAUGAACAAGCACAAAAGGGAGAAGGAAAGGAAUGUUGAUGUGCUACUUGCUAGUGAUGCUAGUAAUGCACAAGGAUGGAUCGUUGAUGGAGAAGAUGAUGAAGAAGUUGAGCCUGGUACGGGGCUCACUUGGGAAGUGGUUGGUGAAGCAUCGGGAGCAGACGAGAUGCUUCAAGCUCGAAGAAGUUCUAGGAUGAGAGAGCUUCAUGAAGAUGAUUUUCAAUCAGAAGAAGAAGAUGAGCAAGAAAUCAAUGAAUUUGAUUUUGAGUCCGAUGAAGAUCGUGUAUUGGAAGAAUAUGGAGAGGAAGAAGACCAAUUAGAUAGUUAGACUUAGAUUUUUCGGAUAUGGUUUAUGUUGUAUUAUUGCUACUUCUACCUUCUUGAACUUAUAACUAAUAUAAUAGUUUAUUUUCUGAGUCUUAAUUCCAUUAUUUCACUUGUCUUUUCAACUUUGAUUUACUUGAAAAUAAUAUC